AUGGAUGUCAUCCAGACUCCAAAACAUCUCCUUUCCUCGUGGUCGGAAUCAUCUUACUUCACAAACCUGAACAUCUGGUCAUCCUUAGCUCUCGGCAUCGUCAUCCUCAGCCUCUUUACCACGAUACCCCACUUACGCAAACCGUCUCGCAAGCUUCCUUGCAUCAACCCAAGACAGUCGUUGGAUCUCUUCAAUCAGAAGAGAAAGACUCUUUUCUUGUUCAAUGCCAGAAAGUUGAUGGAAGAUGGCAGAAAGCAGUUUGCUGGGCAGCCAUACAGGCUCAUGACGGAUGUUGGCGAGACUGUUGUCAUCCCACCGGAAUUCGUCAACGAUAUCCGCAACGACCCAAACCUCAGCUUCAUGCAGGCAUUUGCUGAGAACUUCCAUCCCCAUCUGAACGGAUUUGAAGCCUUCGCAGUUGGAAACAGGCCCGAUGAGCUCUUCCAACUAGUCAUCAAGAAGCGAAUCACCAAGCUGUUGAAUCAGAUCACCGAGCCCCUAUCGUCCGAAGCCAAGCAUGCCGUCGAUCUGCGAUUUGGAACAUCUAACCAAUGGCGCGAGUUCAACAUCAAAGACGACGCCUUGGAUGUCAUUUCUCGGCUUUCAUCCCGCGUCUUUCUCGGCGCCGAAGUAUGUCGUAACGAAGCAUGGCUCCACAUCACGAAAUCCUACACUGUCAAUGCCUUCAUCGGCGCUGAGACUAUGCGCAUCUACCCCAGCUGGUUACGUGGGGUAGCUCAAUGGUUCGUGCCCCAGUGCAAAAUUCUUCGAGAACAAGUCGCAGACGCAAGACGCAUCAUUGAGCCGGUUCUCCAGCGGCGCAAGGACCUCAGAACUCAGGCUCAGGCCAGAGGCGAGCCGGUUCCCAGAUUCAACGAUGGCCUGGACUGGUUCGAGGAAGAUAGUAAGGGGAACCAGUAUGACCCUGCUGGUGCACAACUGGGACUAUCGGCUGUUGCUAUUCAUACCACAACAGACCUUCUCGUCGAGACAAUGCUACGAGUCGCAGAGCACCCUGAACUCUUUGAUGCUCUGAGAAAGGAGCUUGUGGAAGUUCUCAGCGCUGAGGGUUGGAAGAAGACCGCUCUUUUCAACAUGAAGCUUGCAGACAGCGUGUUGAAGGAGGCGCAGAGACUUAAGCCAGUUACUUCAAGCGUCAUGUUCCGUGUUGCCACCCGGCCCGUCACACUUCCGAAUGGUCUGCAACUCCAGACAGGCGAGCGGUGUGUUGCCGAUCUAGGGCAGAUGCAAGACCCCGAAGUCUACGAGAACCCCCAUGAGUUCGACGGAUACCGCUUUGCACGCAUGCGUGGCAGCCCUGGUCUUGACAGUCAGGCUCACCUUGUCAGCACUUCUCCUGCACACUUGGGCUUUGGUCAUGGGCAGCACGCCUGCCCCGGCCGUUUCUUCGCCGCCAAUGAGUUGAAGAUUGCAUUGGCGCACUUGAUCAUGAAGUACGACUGGCACCUCACUCCUGGAUACAAGCAUUGCUGGCAGGAAUAUGGUUUCGGUUGGUCCUCUGACGGGACUGCAAAGCUGCUAAUGAGGAGAAGGGAAACCCCAGAGAUCGAUAUCGAUACGCUUUGA